UAAAGUGAUGCUUCCUAGAAAACAUGAAGUGGACGUAGAGAACUGAAGAAAACAAUUUCACAACAUAAUGAAAACUUCUUUCGUAAAUACAGUUGGGUGAAAGACGAAAAAAGUGAUAAAAAGAAGAAAGGAAAAAGGAGAAGCAUUGGCAGAAACGAAUUCAGAUCGCCUCUGACGCGCCAGAAAAACAAAUUCGCAACAAGAUGCGCGAGGAAGGCGGGCAAUGUGAUAGCUGUGGUUACUACCUCAAGAAUAUAAUCAAAUUCCUCAUCAGCCACAUAGGCCUCGUCUCGCUGGUCAUAGGCUACACCAUCGUGGGAGCCUUCACCUUCGAGAGACUCGAGGCCGAGCAUGAACUCCAAAUCAAGAAGAACAUGUCGUCCGUGAGACUCAAGGUGACGGACGACCUGUGGGUCAUCACGGACGACAUGAAGGUCCUGAACGAGAGCAUGUGGGCGGCGUCGGUGCGGGAGCGGCUCAAGCUGUUCGAGCGCUCCCUCAUCAGCGCCAUCAAGAACGACGGCUGGGACGGCUCCGAGGACCUCAACACGCAGCAGUGGACCUUCGCCGGCGCCCUCUUCUACUCCAUCAUCCUCAUCACCACCAUCGCAAGCACAGAUAUUUGCACUUUGUCUUGCACUCAGAACUUCGACUUAAAGUGUUUAACCUACAUAUUUGGCAAGUUAGCAGACGGUGAUGAAGAACCUGAACAAGUGUGGGUCUGCGCACUGGGUCAGACCUCGAGAACUAUAUUUCGCGUGUGCAUUUCCCGGGGGUCUCGCGUAUCCCAGAACGCAGGCCCUGUCUCGACCGGGCGCUGUGACACACUCGACCGCUCGCUCAGCACUAAUGUCAGAUGCUUGCCAAACCCGAGGAUGUGGUCCGUAUGA